UACACACACAUUUAAAUAUAUUGUCUAAGUCAGAAUAAAAGUGUAGAGAUGAAUAUCUAUAUUUAACAUUUUAUUUGGGAAGCAAGAUUGUAAUUUAAGCCAUACAUACAAACUGGUCUUCCAUAUGAAGAACAAAGAGAAGGUUGUAGGUUAUAAAAAGGAGAAUGUUACAUAUUGUUUUGAAGAUUUUAUUGACACUGGUAAAGUUUUGGGGAGCCAGCAAGCUCUGAUUGCUGAGUGACUGUGGUGGGUAAAACUAGUCAAGAGUCGCAGUAGGUUGUUUCAGUAGCUAUUAGAUAAAACUGGUGUCAGGUUACAAGAGGCAGUUUCAACAACUGGUCUUGUGAAAUAUUUCGUUCUUGGAGCAGGUAUCAUGUGCCUCUAGUGUUUUUUUUCCCCCUGUUGGCUCCUUGACUCUGAUUUAGUUGUGUAUGACAAGAAAGACCCAAUUUGUAUAAUCAACUUUCAUAAUAUAUAAUAUGCACACAUUUUCAUUCCAUUUCUAAAUGAACUUUUAUAUUGUGAUAGUAAUGCCUCCACUCUGAACAGCCCUUAAUAUUAUAACUAAGUUUGAAUCAUUUCAGUUUCCUUUCUCCCAUCUUGUCUCCCCAACUCCCUGUGCUGAAAGGAAAAGCCUGGGAUGUGGAUCCCUUAGUUACCCAAUUAAUUCAAAUAACAUAAUGUUUAUUAAAUAUCUACUAUGUGACUAGUAUGGAAGGAGACCAAAACUUGGAAUAUCAUCAGGGAAGGCUUUGUGGAAAUGUUGAGGCACAAUCUAAACUACAAAAAAUAACUACAGGAUUUGAAAAUUCUAAGAGGAGGAAGAGUAAUAGACAUGUAAUCCUGUUAUGAAACAAAGGGUCACUCUUCCUUUUACUACUUUGAGCACCCAAAGAAAAAUAACAUUUAAAAAUAAUAAUACUAAUAAAAAAAGCUACACUGGAAAUAAAAAUCAUGUGUGUAUUGUAUCUAUUGUUUAAUAGUAUUAUAAUUAACAUUUAUUGAGGCCAUUUACAAAACCUCAUUUUAAUAAUGACUACCACUUUGCUUACUAUAUGCCCCACUGUUUUAAGUGCUUUAUGUAUAUUAAUACUUGAAUCUUCUUAAUAGUGCUAUGGUAUAGGUAUAGGAAGUAUUAUUAUUUCCAUUUUACAGAUGAGGAAACUGAGGCAUGGAGAAAUUGAGUGAUUUGCCCAAGGUCAGAUCAUUUGCAACUAGUAGGUGGCAGAGCCAAGGAUUUAAAUUAGGCACCCUGGCUCCAGAGGUCACAGUCUUAACCAAUAUGUUACGUUGCUACUUUAUGAUCUGAUUUAAUCCUCAGAAAAGUGCUGUGAAAGAGAGUAUGAUCUGUACUUUACAAAUGAGCCAGCUGAGGUUUGGAGAGCUUACGUGACUUCCCCAAGUGCAUAACUAAAGUUGAGUUGACCCAGAGACAGACAGAUGGCUGAAAGUGGUGGAAAAGAAAAAAGAAAAUGGACAACCACCAUUAUUAUUAGCUCAUCUCUUAAGAGUUAUGAAGUUGCAACUGCCCUAGAAAAUCAAAGCCAUAAAGUUCGGUAUUCAGAUUCAGUGGAAAAUGGCUCAAUUAUAUUUUCUCUUUCUGGAGUAGCAUUUUUAUUGAUGGAUGCUGAAGAAUGCUUUAUGUCAGCUGAAGAAUUAUUCCUAGCCAAAAUUGAGAAGUUUAUUAACCUUCACCGAAAUAGUUUUUUGGUUCUGUCUGCUGCCCUCCAUGGGCCUGAAGAAUGGAAACUGAUGUUCAGGAUUCAGCAAAGAUUCCUGGGUAGUAACUUACGAAUACUUCCAGUACACAAUGCAGUAAAUGCUAUUAAUCUUAUGUGUACUAUAGCUAAGACUACCUCCAAACCAUACAUAGAUAGCAUCUGCUACAGAAUGAUAACAGCUAAAGCUUACAUCAUUGAGCAAAGUCCUGUUUGGAAAACACUUCACAAGAUAAAACUGAGUACUGAUUCAUUUAACCCAAAUUAGAGUAUCAAUUAUAAAUGUUCUUUUUGAAGAAUGUUAAAAUAAUUAGACCUGUUAAAUUAUAAUGUUCAAAUAU